ACUUCUGAGUCGUGGAAUCGCAAAUCGAUUCGGGUGAAUCGAUUCGUUGGCUCAGGAGUUAAAAUUGCGGCAAACGCCGAGUCGAGGUCGCUUCUUGCUGUCGUCCUGAACCAUUUGGCGGUGAGCUUCACAACAAAGAGUUUGCGCGCAUCUUUGAAAGGCAGCUCAGUGGGGGCGAGCAGGAGAUUUUCAUUCCUGAACAAUGGGCUCUACGGCGUCGCGGUACAAGACUUUCGGCGGCGGCGGUGGCAAUGACAGCUCGGGACCUCUCGCGUCCGGGAGCCCCAACGGGAACUUGGGGGUGCUGCCAUCUCGAGAUGAGGACAUCGGAGAGGGGACGGCUGUGGCGCCUGCCGACAUCUCGCAGUUCCCCUACGUUGAGUUCACGGGCAGAGACAGCGUGACGUGCCCCACUUGCCAGGGCACAGGACGUAUACCCAGAGAGCAAGAAAAUCAGCUGGUGGCACUGAUCCCAUACAGUGAUCAGCGGCUGAAGCCCCGAAGGACCAAGCUGUACGUGUUGCUGUCGGUCUUGUCCUGCCUGCUUGUGUCGGGGCUCAUCGUCUACUUCCUGUUUCCGCGCUCGGUGGACGUCACCAACGGAGGCAUCAAGUCGGCGCUGGUCACUUUCAACGCCAACACCAGCACGGUCUACAUAAACAUCACGAGCUCCCUGAACAUUACAAACAACAACUUCUACUCUGUGUACGUGAUGAACAUCACGUCGCAAGUGCAGCACCUCAAGACCGUCAUAGGCACGGCACGCUUCACCAAUGUCACCCAUAUCGCCCCACUCAGCCAGAGCCAGAUCGACUUCACCAUCAAUACAGAGAUCAGCGCUGGUUUAUCUUACGUCUACUACUACUGCACCUUGCCAUCAAUCAAAGUCCACAACAUAGUGGUGCUUAUACAGUCAACGGUCACGACUUCUUACGUGUGCCAUGCCGAGCAGGACUCCAUUGAGAGCUACGAGUACGUGGAUUGUGGCUCCAACACAACAUACCACCACGGUCGCUUCGGUGUGGCCCCCGCUGGGGGCUCCAACCAUCUCGUCUGAAGGCGCCUCCCCCACCCACCGUAGGAUUAAGAUGCUGUGACGUAUUGCACAAUCCCUUCAGCAUAGGCAUCGUUACGGAAAGGUACGGCCAUUCCUGCAGCUUGUAGGGGCGGGGGGGGGGGGCAUGCACGAAGAGGUGCCGAGUUUAUUUUUAGGGCGUGCCAGUACGCCCAGGUGUCUUAACCAUGCAAGUGCAGUCUGGAUAUUGUCCCACAGAGCCAUCUGUCAGGGCUUGUGUUUUUGCAUGGAUGUGUUUGUCUCAUUCUUCCAUUUGUGCAUUAUCACAGCUGUGUUGGUGGGGUGAUAUUUUUCCACUUAAUUUAUAUUGUUGCUCUGAAGAAAUGUUGCUUCAGCAGUGUGGAAGGCUAAGCAUUGUCCCAAUGUAUUGCAAGUAAAAUGGAGACCCUUACGAAGGGUUUACUCAUGUUUUGAGUGUUUGUGAGCAUAAUGCAUUUAGUCUACACACUUCAUGUUAUCACCCCUCCCUAAAACCCUGUUUUGGACACCAAUAUUUUUCCUUAUGCACACGUUCAUUUAGCAAGUCAGUGUUUUUGCAUUGUCAUAUUGUUGAACACUGUUAAUGGUUUUUGCACAUUGUUACCGCUAUCAUUGGAAUGCUAAAUAAAUGUUUAGGAAGCAUUUUUAAGGAAUAAGUUAGCGGUAAAAUUUACAGUUGACAAUGCUGGAUUGGGGUAAUUCAACAUGCCUUGUUAUAUUUGUGUUGUAUAUUAGACAUUUAAUGAGUGUAGAGUAAACACGAUGUACAGUAUUACCAAACAUGUUGACAUUUUAAUUUCCAAUAAAUAAAAUGUACAUGUAAUGAUUACAAAUAGAAGGUAAAUCGUAACUAUUGUUGGUAUGUCCAGAGAUUAGUGCCAAGAUGAGGCAAUGGAAAUUACACCAUUAUUUGAAUACACAGAAAGAAAUACACACUUGCACCCCCAAGUCUUGAUUCAAGAGCAGUGCCUAGUGGAUAUUAUGGGAAGUUACUAACUUCUUAACAUAACUUUUGUACUGUAAUUAAAAUAGAUACUUUUCGAACCAUAGCACGCUGUAAUAGAGGUUUUUUUUUGGCUUAGGUCGCGUGAAUAUAAAUGUUUGUUAAACCUGCCACCACCUGACACAGCCAAUUAGUAAGGUUUGUCACGUAAAUGGAACAUGCCGAUUUAUUACAACAUUUACAAUCAGAGUACGAUGUUUUGCCAGUCUCGCCAGUAAUUAUAACUGGCAUCAGACGGCAGUCAGAUUUUGCUUCUUUUGUUUACGUGACAAACCUUACUAAUUGGCUGUGGCGGGUUUAACAACACAUUUACGCGAUCUAACCUAAAAAAAAAACCUGUGGAUUAUAUUGGUCACGAAAGCUUACGUGUUAUAUGAUAGCAGCACACUGCUUUGUUGCAUAAAAAUAAAUAAUUAAAAACUGCAGGACUUGGUGAAAAAUGUUCUUGGUAUCUUCUCUGUAUUUUAAUCUUUGUGAUCUUCAUUCUUUGGAUAACAUGAGAAACCUGUGGAACCUCGGACUAUUAUAUGAUACACCGUCUUUUGUCGUGAAUGCUUGUACCGUUUAUUUGCUGGAUGCUGCUGACUAGUUUAUUAAGCCAAGUAUAAAGCAUACAAAUACA